AUGUUGCAUGGCAGUGAAAUGGACAAUCCCAUACCGACAUCCAUCUUCAAAGAACAAGAGCUAGACGAUAGUCAUCAUGGCACAGCUUACAAGGUCGAAUUCAUCGUCGAGCCACCAGAGGAGAUUCGUGAAAAUGAUCUCUUCCAACGUCCCAUGAUUGUCAGGGUGCGGAACUUGGAGGAUGGAAUGUCGUGGUGCCCGGUGGAGGCCCAGAUCCAUGUCAAAGUAUUCCAUGCGACAGGUUCUGACCGCUUCGAGGUAUGCAGAAGGGCUGGGAGACAUGACAAGGGAGGCGUGUACACGCCCGGGCGCUCGAUCAAUGGCCUGACCUCCCAUUUUAUGACGGUACCUCUAGCUACCCAAGACGAGACCUUUGAAGUUCCCUUUGGCCGUUUUCACAAGGAGGGUCGGUAUCAACAUUUAGGUAGCGAGCCGAAGGCCAGCCAAUUAAACGCGGACCUAGUCCUAGUGUAUAAUAGUAGCCGCCAGGGCGCGGCAAAGCGGCUGCCAUCGAAGUUUCACGAUCCGAACUUGACCCUCGUUUGUAUUCCGUAUGGUCCUCGCUUCCAUCCAAGACAGCCAGAGACUGGGCAAUUCCUGCACAAGAUGAGCGCGAACAAAGUGAGCGAGGAAUCCCUGAGUUCCUGGGACAAAGCUAAGCCAGCAUUCACGCACAAACCGGCAAGCGGAUUCUACGACCCGUGUCAGGACUUUGCGGAUCGAAGCAUCAAAUGCAUGCGGCGCAAUGGGAACGAUAAGACGAUGUGCAGUGAUUAUUUCCAGGCAUAUCGUGAUUGCAAAAAGGAAUGGAUGACCCAGCGGAAAAAGAGCACCUAG